CUUUAAGUGGGCAUGCUCUUUUGUAUUUCGUGUUAGGUUUUCAUUGUGUAAUUAGGCGUACUUUUUUUCCCCUCCUCACAUCCUUUAAAUAUCAAGGGAUGUACAUUAUUAUUUUUGUGAUAUUCAUAUUGAUAUAUACUUACUGUCGUUUCUUCUUUUCAGUUGGAGAUUCCAAAGAAGAUAUUUGAUCCAAAUGUGUUCAAUGCGUGGAUGGUUUUGUUUUUAAAUGUUUUGGAGAGACCUGUCCCUGUGGAUGGUCAGCCCAUAGACCCUGACCUCAGGAAAACAUGGGGUUGGUGGAAAGUGAAGAAAUGUACUGUUCACAUUUUAAACAGGCUGUUCACCAGGUUUGGAGAUUUGAAAUGGCAUAAUCCAGAGAAUAGAGCUUUCGCUCAAAUGUUCCAGAAAACUUACGCAGGGAAGAUUUUGGAGUGUCAUUUAAGUCUGUUGGGGGUGGUCCGUGUUGGUGGUUAUUUACCUGACAGAGUUACCAACCUUAUUCUUCAAUAUUUAAGCAACAGUAUUUCGAAGCUAAGUAUGUAUAAUCUUCUGCAACCUCGACUUGAGGUUAUUCUCUUUGAGAUAGUAUUCCCUCUUAUGUGCUUCAAUGACAAUGAUCAGAAGCUUUGGGAUGAGGACCCUCAUGAGUAUGUUAGAAAAGGCUAUGAUAUCAUUGAAGACUUGUAUAGUCCAAGGAUUGCUUCCAUGGAUUUUGUCAGCGAGUUAGUUAGGAAACGUGGAGAAAAUCUUCCAAAGUUUAUCCAGUUUAUAGUUGAAAUUUUUAAGAGGUAUGAUGAAGCACCAGCGGAACACAAGCCCUAUCGACAAAAAGAUGGUGCCCUUCUUGCUAUUGGUGCUCUCUGUGAAAAAUUGCAACAAACUGAACCAUACAAAUCAGAACUUGAGGGUAUGUUGGUGCAACACGUAUUUCCUGAGUUUACCAGUCCAGUUGGCCAUCUUAGGGCCAAGGCCGCUUGGGUUGCAGGAUAUUAUGCUCAUAUUAAUUUCUCAGACCAGAAUAAUUUCCGUAAAGCACUGCAGAGUGUUGUAUCUGGGAUGCGAGAUCCAGAACUUCCUGUUCGUGUGGAUUCAGUUUUUGCUUUGCGCUCUUUUGUUGAAGCUUGCAAAGAUUUUAAUGAAAUACGCCCAAUCCUUCCCCAAUUUCUUGAUGAGUUUUUUAAACUUAUGAAUGAGGUGGAGAAUGAGGAUCUGGUGUUUACGUUGGAGACAAUAGUAGAUAAGUUUGGGGAGGAGAUGGCACCUUAUGCCCUUAGGUUGUGCCAAAACUUGGCUUCUGCAUUUUGGAGGUGUAUGAAUACAGCUGAAACUGAAGAAGACGCUGAUGAUUCUGGUGCUUUAGCUGCUGUAGGAUGAUGAAGGACUAUUGUUUGAAUGAGACACCAAUGCGAUGGAUAACUAGUAAUGUAAGUGUAUUUAUUAGUAUUGAACUACAAUUCUAUUGGAUUUAAUUUCUGACUUAGUUUUUAUUUUGUGUUUUGUAGUGUGGUGGAAAGAAUACAUAUACACUUUGUGAAAUUAAUGAAACUCGAAAUGAAUGGGCAGCCAAGCUUCUUGAGCGGAUGAGUCAUAGUUAGAGUAACUUUUGAAAUCAGAAUUAAAAAAUAUACUAAUUGUAGUAUUUAGUUAGUACUUACAUAGUUAUUCCAAGUGUAUAUUUUGAUAUUGUAAUUUUAGAUUUGGAACAUACUGAGUUCUAUUGAUUUUGUCUGCCUAUAGAUUAUGUCUGAACUAUGUUGUAAUUACACAAGAAAUUAUGAAUGAAUAUAGUGGUUGAAAAUAGAGAAAUGAAAAAAUUCUCAUAUUCUACGUGGGA